AUGUCCAUAAAGAAGGCACUAUUGGAAAGUCCUCGUGAUACGCGACUUCUAUGGCUCUCAGCUUUCCUUCGACUCACUGCUUUUGGAGCUUCUAAUAUAGUAUUGACCGCAUAUCUUGCAGCACUCGGGGUGUCCGAAUCUAGGAUUGGGAUAUUUAUGACUACAACCUUAGUAGGUGAUGUGGUUCUUUCGUAUAUCCUCACUUGGUAUGCUGAUAUUAUUGGAAGACGCAGGAUUAUGUUUUUUGGCUCACUUUUCAUGGUUUUAGCUGGACUUAUGUUUGCUCAAGCUACAAGUUUUUGGUGGUUAUUAUUUGCAGCAAUUAUAGGGGUCAUUUCCCCUACUGGAGAUGAAAUUGGUCCAUUCAAGCUGAUUGAAGAGUCAGCCAUCGCUCACUUGACUCCCUUGAGUGAUAGAGCCUCGGUGUACGCAUGGCAUUGGUUGAUAUCUUGUGCAGGACAGGCUACAGGGACUUUAUUUUCAGGGAUUUUCAUUCAAAAGUUGCAAGAUAAUGGUUGGCAAUUGAUUGAAAGUUAUAGAGCUGUCUUCUAUGUGUAUGCAAUUUUGGCAGCUGGGAAGUGUAUUACCAUGUUAUUCUUAUCAGAAAAAGCUGAAAUGAAUCACAGCAAACAUAUCAGUAUCAGUGAAACCAUGAGUUUGCUAACUGAUGAUGAAGAACGGGAGCAAUCAAAAAGCAAAAUCAUUAAUCUCUCCAAAGAAACUUCUAACGUCCUUAAAAGACUUCUUUGUAUCUUUAUGAUUGAUUCUUUUGCUGCAGGGUUCAUGCCAUCGUCCUGGCUAGUCUACUACUUCUCGGAAACUUUCCUGUUGAAUCCAAAGACCCUAGGAUCAUUAUUCUUCAGCACUUCUAUUGCCAACUCGCUAUCCUCUUUACCUUCAUCAAUAUUUGCCCGUGCUUUAGGACCAGUUAAGGCAACUUUAUCAGUGCAAGUACCAUCAUGUUUGCUCCUAAUUUCUAUCCCAUUUUCAUCAAACUUUUACAUGGCAGUAGUUGAGUUGGUAUUGUUCUACUCUACCACCGCAAUGGAUGUGGUACCUCGUCAAGUUAUUUUGACUAACCUAAUAAAUCCAAGCGAAUUGACCAGAGCUAUGGGAAUAGUCAAUGUGGGAAAAACAUUUGCUAGGUGUAUUGGACCAAGUGUGAUCGGUAAAUUGGCUGGCGAGGGCUAUCUUUGGACAGGUUUCAUAAUUAAUGGUGGGUUGACUCUCGUGGCUGAUUUCAUGUUAUGGAUCAUGUUUUAUGGUGUUGAUGAGAAAAUUAAAAUGGCUGAAGGAUGA